AUGGUUCGAUCUUUCUUGAUGCCAUCUGGUGAUGGAUCAGAGAUCCAGGUGCACAUUACGGAGCCUGCAGUUCGUGCGCAGAACUUAGGUCUCAUCACCUGGACAUCAAGCUUCAUUCUUGCCAGUCUGCUCCACAAGCUUGAAGUCAACAUCUCAUCAAAAUCUAAAGUUCCAGUCCUAGAACUUGGAGCGGGAACCGGCCUCGUUGGUUUGACUGCCGCAUCCUUAUGGAAGAAGCCUGUCUAUCUAACAGAUCUCUGCCCUAUCGUGCCUGCCUUGUCUUCCAAUAUUGCAUUGAAUACGGCGACUGUCAACGACCUCGUUAGAUGCGGAUCUCUUGACUGGAGUGAACCUGACUUUCUGCUUGACGAAGAUGGGCAGACAAUCUCGGCCCACACGGACAAAGCUCAAGUGAUUCUUGCGGCCGACACCAUGUAUUCAGAGGAACAUCCUGAACUAUUAUCGAAAGCCAUAUUCAAAUGGCUAUCGCCCGAUCCAUCCGCUCGCGUGAUCAUGACUUGGCCUAUGCGUGUCGCUUACCUCGACCAGAUUCGAGAAAUAUGGGCAAUUCUUGAGGUUGGAGGGUUGGAAUGCAUCUUGGAAGGCAGGGAACAAGCCAAAGACGACCAUUGGGACGACGAAGGUCUUUGUGAAUGGAGCGUGUGGCAGUGGAAAAUCAGUUAG